AUGAAUGAGCACGACUCUGGUUGGAGUGCUGAAGAAGAUGAUCCAGAAUUACCUGGGGUCAAGAGAAGAAAGCAGGAUCAAAGUGAUGACUUCAGCAUCCUGAGCUAUUCCCGUUCACACCUUCACAGAAGGUGCAAGCUGGUCAUUCAGGACACUGGCAGAUGUUUCUUUGACAUUCAGAGAGAGUUGAGCAAAAGUCUUCAGCCUAGACGGAGUGUUUUACCAAAGUUGCCUCCAGAGAUUUGGAUCAAGAUAUUCAGCUAUAUCACCUCAGGAAGACAGUAUCCAUUCAUGAUUAGGGCACCUCUAGUAUGCAAACAGUGGUACAACCUGUGCCUCAGUCCAUGUCUGUGGACCACAGUCAGGGUCCCUUAUGGUGGCUACUACUGGAUGUCACGCACCGACGACUUCCUGAUUUGGUUGGCCAAACACAGACUUGCACCUUGUAAAGAAAUAGAUUUGACAGGCUGGGACAUCACAUCAAGAGGAAUCAAGGUGCUGACAGAGAACUGCCCCAAGUUACAGGUCAUCAAUGUAUCAUACUGUACAAAAUUAAGUAAAGAUGUGGCUGCAUACUUCACAGCAAAUUGUCCAUACAUCACAACCUUGGACUUCUCUCACACAUGUAAUGACUUGGUCAGUGUCAUCCCCAUGACAAUGAUCAUUGAAUGCUACAAUGCUCAGUUGCUAAGCCUUAACUUGAGUGGUAACCUGAUGCAUGGUUUCCAUCGAGUCAUCGAUGCAAUCUGU